GGGUAGGUUUCCGGGUCUAACAAUUGUACAAAACACCAUGACGUUGCCGCCAUUACCGUUCUGAAACUAAAGCUGAUAAACCCUAAACCUCACCAACUCACUGGUGAGAGAGUUCCGCAACCUCUUUCCAUGGCCGUCAACGACGCCGAUCAGUCCAACAGGGCUCACAGGAGUCGCCAAUCCGGCGCCAAACACGAUAAGAAGAAGUCCAAGAAGAAGCAGAAGCAGAAGCAGAAGUCCGAUGGCGGAGAAGAGGAUCCGAAAAGGCAAAACCCUAGGGCAUUCGCCUUUUCUUCCUCUAACAAGGCCAAGCGCCUGCAAUCGCGCGCCGUCGAGAAAGAGCAGCGCCGCCUCCACGUUCCUAUAAUCGACCGCUCAUACGGCGAGCCCGCUCCAUUCGUCGUCGUCGUGCAGGGUCCUCCUCAGGUUGGGAAGUCACUGUUGAUCAAGUCUUUGGUUAAGCAUUACACGAAGCAAAAUUUGCCUGAUGUUCGAGGUCCAAUUACUAUCGUGUCAGGGAAGCAAAGGCGGCUGCAGUUUGUGGAAUGUCCGAAUGAUAUCAAUGGCAUGAUAGAUGCGGCGAAGUUCGCAGAUCUAGCGCUUCUUCUUAUAGAUGGGAGUUAUGGUUUUGAAAUGGAAACCUUUGAGUUCCUUAAUAUAUUGCAAGUUCAUGGAUUCCCAAAGGUCAUGGGUGUUCUCACUCAUCUUGACAAAUUCAAGGAUGCAAAAAAGUUGAGGAAAACAAAACAACGACUCAAACACCGAUUUUGGACUGAAAUAUAUGACGGUGCUAAACUAUUCUACUUAUCUGGUCUUAUUCAUGGAAAGUAUGUCAAGCGUGAAGUGCACAAUCUUGCUCGAUUUAUUUCAGUCAUGAAGUUUCAUCCUUUAUCUUGGCGGACUUCCCACCCCUAUGUUUUGGUAGAUCGUUUUGAAGACAUCACUCCUCCUGAAAAAGUGCAUGCAAAUAAUAAAUGCGACAGGAAAGUCACCCUUUACGGUUAUCUUAGAGGAUGUAAUUUGAAAAAGGGCAAUAAGGUGCACAUAGCUGGAGUGGGUGAUUAUAGUUUAGCUGGUGUUACUGCUUUGCCUGAUCCUUGUCCUCUCCCAUCUGCCGCAAAAAAGAAAGGACUUCGUGACAAGGAAAAAUUAUUCUAUGCUCCCAUGUCUGGCCUCGGGGAUCUCUUGUAUGACAAAGAUGCUGUUUACAUAAAUAUUAAUGACCACCUUGUUCAAUUCUCAAAAGUUGAUAAUGAAAACUCUGCUAUGACAAGUAAAGGAAAGGACAGAGAUAUAGGGGAGGUUUUGGUGAAAUCACUACAAAAUACCAAAUACUCAAUCAAUGAAAAACUAGAGAACAGCUUUAUCAAUCUUUUUGGUCAAAAGCCAAAAGUGUCAUCAGAAGCUUUAGCUGAUGCAGAUGGCACAGACAAGGAUGUAGAACAGAAUGUCAAAACAGUGGGUUUGGAUAAAGAAUCAUCUGAUCAGGAUGAUGACUCCAUGACAGACAGCGAAGCCUCUAGUUCUGAUGACAAAGAUGAUGAUGCACCAAAUAGUAAUGCUGUGAACAGAGACCACCUGCAAGAACAUAUUGAGUUUCAUGAUGGAAGACAAAGGCGAAGAGCAGUAUUUGGAAAUGAUGUUGAUCAAAGUGAUCUGAUGGAUUCAGAAGGAGAUGAGGAUGCUGCUGCCAGUGAUGAUGUAGAAUCUUCUGAUUCAGAAUCUUCAGAAGAUGAUGAGGAAGAUGACAACAAUAAUGAUGACUCAAAUGAAGAUGACGCGAGCAAUACUUCCAAGUGGAAAGAGUCUUUGGCAGAAAGAACACUCUCACGGAAGACUCCUAGUUUGAUGCAACUUGUGUAUGGUGAAUCUACUAUUAGUUCAACCACUAUAAACAGAGAGAAAGAUAAUAGUGGGGAUGAGGAAAGUGAUGAUGACUUCUUUAAACCCAUAGAAGAAGUGAAAAAGCAAAACAUGAGAGAUGGAUUUAAUGAUGAUGGAAUGGUCAACACUGAAGAUUGUUCCAAGUGUACACAAUUUAUGGAUCAGAGAUGGGAUGAGAAAGAUAAUGAGGAGAUUCGCAACCGGUUUGUGUCUGGCAAUUUGGCAAAAGCAGCACUCAGAAAAGCAUUACCAAGAGCUAAUGCUGAAGAGGAAAAUGAUGAUGUCUAUGGUGUCUUUGAAGACUUGGAAACAGGAGAAAAACAUGAGAAUGAUCAGACAGAUGAUGCUUUUGCAGCAACAACACACAAGGGAAAUGAUUUGGAAGCGGAGGAAAGGAGGCUUAAGAAACUUGCUCUUCGUGCUAAAUUUGAUUCUCAAUUUGAUGAUGACUCUGGAUCACCAGAGGAGGAUGCUGGUAAUGAAAAUGAAGGCAAGCUACGUCAUGGUCAAGCUAAUGAAAGUAGCUAUUUUGACAAGUUGAAAGAGGAGAUUGAACUCCAGAAACAAAUAAAUAUAGCUGAACUCAAUGAUCUUGAUGAGGCUACCCGAUUGGAGAUAGAAGGCUUCCGAACAGGGACAUAUCUAAGAUUGGAGGUUCAUGAUGUUCCUUGUGAGAUGGUUGAAUACUUUGAUCCCUACCAUCCAGUAUUGGUUGGAGGCGUUGGCAUAGGGGAGGAAAAUGUUGGAUACAUGCAGACCAGGUUAAAGCGGCACAGGUGGCACAAGAAAGUUUUGAAGACUAGAGAUCCAAUUAUUGUAUCUGUUGGAUGGAGGCGUUACCAAACAACCCCAGUUUAUGCCAUUGAGGAUAGCAAUGGAAGGCAUCGCAUGCUAAAAUACACCCCAGAACACAUGCAUUGCCUUGCUAUGUUUUGGGGCCCUCUUGCUCCUCCCAACACUGGGGUUGUAGCUGUUCAGAAUUUAUCAAACAAUCAUGCUACAUUUAGGAUUACUGCAACUGCAGUUGUACUUGAGUUUAAUCAUGCAGCAAGGAUUGUGAAGAAAAUCAAAUUGGUUGGUUAUCCAUGCAAGAUAUUCAAGAAGACAGCAAUUAUCAAGGAUAUGUUUACUUCAGACCUUGAAGUAGCUCGGUUUGAAGGUGCAGCUAUUCGGACUGUCAGUGGGAUCAGGGGGCAGGUCAAGAAGGCUGUAAAAGAAGAGCUGGGUAAUCAACCAAAAAGGAAGGGGGGGCAAACCAAAGAAGGAAUUGCUAGGUGCACUUUUGAAGACAAAAUUCUGAUGAGUGACAUUGUUUUCCUGCGGGCAUGGACUCAAGUGGAAGUUCCUCAGUUUUAUAAUCCAUUGACAACAGCAUUGCAGCCUCGUGACAAGACCUGGAAAGGAAUGAGAACUGUUGCAGAAUUGAGAAGAGAACACAAUCUUCCUAUACCUGUAAACAAAGAUUCACUUUACAAGAAAAUUGAAAGAAAACCUAGGAAGUUCAAUCCAUUGGUGAUUCCCAAAUCUCUACAAGCAAGUCUUCCCUUUGCAUCAAAACCUAAGGAUGUACCCAAGCGAAAAAAACCCUUACUCGAAGAGAGAAGGGGAAGGGGUGUUGUCAUGGAACCUCGAGAGCGCAAAGUUCAUGCUCUUGUUCAACACCUCCAGUUAAUAAAUAAUGAGAAGAUGAAAAAGAGAAAGCUGAAGGAAGAGAAUAAGAGGAAAGUGCUUGAAGCAGAGAGAGCAAAAGAGGAGCAGUUGUCGAAAAAGCGUCGGAGAGAGGAAAGACGAGAUAAAUACCGAGCGCAAGACAAACAGAAUAAGAAAAUGCGGAGAGCAGAGGUUUGAGUUUACGACUUGAAUUCGUUAAGGUAUAAGAAUUUUGAAGACCAGGAACCACCACCAUGUAAGAAAAUAGAAAGGUUCAUUUCAUGCUCCUGGAGCAACAUAUGUACAUUAGGUAAAUUAAAGGAGCAAAUUUCAGGUAUUCAAGCAUCAUGUAAGAUGGUGUUUGGAAAUGGUGCUACUGAUUGUGGAAUCACGGGCAACAUUGAUAGAUUAAAAAGCUUGAGAGGGAAGUUAGGGAGCAGAGAAUUAAGCGUGCUUCGGUUCGGUUUCAAAGUCAACAUGUACUACAAAUUUUGGCCUGCUAAUUAUUAGAUAAAGUUGUUUUACGUGUUGCGAGUUAUUACUUAGGUUCGUAACCCUCCUGAAAUAUCAAUUUUGAACGAGUCCCUUCAACUUUGCUUGUGUAAAAUAUUUCAAAUUCCUUGGAAAAUUAAUUUAUAUUGUUUUAUGAACUGUGCUUA